AGUUAGUGUCCAAUGGCAACAUAUUAUAGCUUGAGUGAUACUUAUAUUGGCCAAUCGUUUUCAUCGUUAAACGCCUAUUGUGGGCGUGGUUUAUCACUUCCAGGACGCUCAUGACAUUUUUUGUUUAUCUAUACGGGACAAGGCCUGGCGUGCGAAGGAAUGGAUGCUACUCAGAUUAUCAGUGACUCAAUCUUGGAGUCAGAUGAGGAAGAUAAUGAAGAGGAGAUCGAAAAUAAGACUGGACGACCGUUGGCUAAACUGUGCAUCUUAAAAAAUAAACACAUACCUGAGGCAGAGUUUCCCCUCUUUUUGGGUGAUAAUGUGCUUGGCCGUGACCCCAACUCCUGCACUGUGCCCUUGCCGGCGUCCUCAGUGUCCAAACAGCAUGCUACUAUCUGCCUUUGUGUGUACCGGAGACGUGCCUGUCGCAGUGAAGUGGACAUGGAAGCUUUGGUUUGGGACUUAGGGAGCAUGAAUGGGACCCGCAAGGGCCGCUUAAAGCUGACUCCUAAUGUACGCUAUGCCCUCAGUGAAGGUGACAGUUUGGUGGUGGCGGACAUCCCGUGUCAGUUUGUCAUUUGUGGUGUAGACUCUUCUCAGGGGGACGCAAGCUGUCCUCUGAGACAAAAUUCAGGGGUAAAGACCAAGUUGCCAGAUGCCUCGGGAGAAAAGGGAGAUGACACAAGCACAGACAGCAAGAAAUGUGUCAAUGGAGGGACAGAGACUCCUGUCAGAGCCAGCUGCCUGACCUUAGAGCAAACUCCCCAUCAGCCACAGGGGACCUUGGUCCCAGAAUCUGACUCAGACUCAGACAGCGAAACAAGAGUAAGAGGAGAACGAAGACGAAGGACUCUAGCGUCUGAUUCUGACUCCCAUAAAUCCAGCCCCAUCAGCUCGUCAUUCUUGAGUCCCCCAAACAAAGUUGUCCCUGAAAGUGACAAUGAAAGCCCCAUGACAGUCUCUUCUUCCUCUAAAAAUAAACCAAACAGACAUGACAGCUUCACCACACAGGAGACAGAUGUAGAUGCGGCGCAACAGCAGUUGGAGAAAAAAAAAGUGGUUGCACUUGUGGAGGACAGUGAAGAGGAGGAAGAAAGAGCAGUGCAAGCGGGGACAAAGUCUCUGAAAGGGGGUUGGCAUAUGCCAGUGGAAAAGGAAAGCAAUGCCAGUCUUACAGGAGAUGGUGAAUUGUCAACACCAGCAGUCUCUACAGACGCAAUCCCUGCAUUUAACAUGGACAGUGACACUGAUGUGGAGGGAGAGGACGAAGAAGUGGCAUCAGCGGGGCCUGUGACCUUGAAUACAAACCAACAAGUUGAUCAACCUCCAAAGACGGCCCAGUUUCACAUGGACAGUGACACAGAUAUCGAUGAGGAUGAUGAUGCUUCAGGUAAAGCUCCCAAAGCUCUGCCUUCCUCUGAUGAGAACGCCAAAACUCCUCAUGCUGUUUCACUUAUUCCACCUGAAGGCGUCACCAUGGACAGUGACACUGAUGUGGACGAUGAUGCGGUCGUGUCAGACGCUGCCACAAAAGCAGGACCGACAGUAUGUCAGAGUGCACACACAGCAGACUCUGCUUUUUCAGUGCAACCAGAAGAUUUUCCCCUCCACAGUGACACUGAUGUAGAUGAGGACGAAGAAGAAGAAGCAAAAAAUACAACAGAUGAAACACCUAAUAAAACAGAUAUAAAGCUUACAGCUCUUAAAUCUGCUCCUGUGGCUCCUGACAACCUGCAGAUAGAGAGUGACACGGAUGACGAGGCUCUCCCUGUCCCUGCCACCAGUAAACCCUCAGUGGUCGCUGCUGUUGCAGAUUCACGCCCCACUGCAGAUGCUGAUUUGGAGAUUCUCUCUGACAGCGACACAGAUGUGGAAGAUGCAUCUCUUCUGGCUAUACCUGUUGGUAUCACAACCUUGUCAGCUUCUCCUGGCCCAACUUUAAAGGCUUCUCUGGCAGAUUCUGAUGCAGAUACAGAUGUGGAUGAAUCUAGCGUGCCCCCUGCUGGGGAUGAGGCUAAACCAGCUGAUGUCAGAGUCGACAGUGAUACAGAAGAUAAGAAGUCAGAUAUUGGAGAAGAAGGUGAGGACCAGGUGCCCGGGCUGCACAGGGAAACUACACCUGGGUUGCUGGCUCCCCUUCUGCAGAACUGCUCCACUCCUGUGCAGAUGUCAGAUGAAGAAGUGGAAGACAUGGCAACUCAAGCCUUCGUCAGUCCCUCUUCAGGUUCAUUAAGGCGAGCGGCAGUGCCUGCAGUAAGACCUGUAGCAUUGUCGCCCUGCUCAGACAUCCAGGAGGAGGAGGAUUUUGCUGUGGCUGAGACGCAAUCCUUUACAUUUCAGAGCCGUGACCGUGUGAGCAGUGAGGAACCAACCCAAGCUUUUGUACUUGAGUCUUCCUGUGACAAUAAAAAUGACCGAUCUACCAAAGAAGAGUCUUUCCAACUGGGACUGUCUGACAGCAGCCACCUGCAGUGUCCAGACCAGGCUUUAGCUAUGGAGAACACCCAAGCUUUUGUUUCUGUGGAAAGGAGUGUGAGCCUGGAAGAUACCCAAGCAUAUGCAGCCAUGUCAGCUGCAGACAGAUCCUCUGCAGAAAAUGACGCGAACCUGGAGGCCACACAGGACUAUGUAGAAGAUAAAGAGCCUGAGCGAUAUCAAGUAGAUGUGGCCUUAGAAGCAACACAGGCAUAUGUUGCAGAGCCAUACAGUCACGCUGAGGAUGAUGCAGAUGAUGAUGCUUGUGAGACACAGCCUUCAGACUUUACUGCCUCUUCUACUCUUGCCAUAGCAGAAACCCAACCAAUGUUGCCUUUUGCAGGAGAGGAGGAUCUGGCAGCUGAAAAUCCAGUUUGCUCUGUUCAACAAAUUCAGCCGAGAUCCCUCAAGGAGGAUGGUGCAAAGGCAGCUCGGCCUCAGGAGAAGGGCCUUAGCGACGUUCAGUCUGUAACUGAAACUCAGCCCAUGUGUACAAGUGACAGUGAAGCAAGUGAUGAUGAAGGCUCAUUUCCAGUUCAGCGAAACAGAACAGCAAAGCCACUUGAAGAAGCGCAGACACAAGAGCUCACUUGUUCAGAGUUGUCGCUUCCUGAAACCCAGUGUGACGAUGAUGAUGAAGACUCAAUGCCAGGCCCACGAAAAAGGAAAGCAAAGCAGCUGCAGCCUGAAGAAGAGACGCAACCCCUUGCUAGUUCUGAAGUCUCUGCUCUGGAAACUCAGCCCUUGAGUUCAAAUGAAGGCCAGCAAAGUGAUGAAGAGGACGUGAUUGCAUGCACUCGGAAAAGAAAAGCAAAGCCACUUCAACUUGAAGAGGAGCAGACGCAGCCCCUCACUAGUGCUGAUGUUGAAACCCUGGCAGUAGUGACAGGUAAAUGUGAUGAUAAGGACUCAAUUCCAGGUCCACGGAAAAGAAAAGCAAAGCAGAUGAAGCUUGAAGAAGAGACACAGCCAGUCGAUAAUUCUAAAAUUACCCCUGUUGAAACUCUACCCUUGACAACAAAAACCGGAUUAUCGUCUUCAGAAGAAUCUGAAGCUGGAACCAGUGGAGCUUGUGUUCCAAAUUUAAGAGUGACAAGAGCAAAACCGAGAGAAGAGGAAGAUCAGGUGGCGUGUCCUGGACCAUCCAAGUGGCAGACUAGAGGAAGGAGUGGAAAACCUUUGUCUGAUGGUGACAACAAUAAGGAAAUGGUAAAACGGGGUAGAGGGAGAAAGAUAACGAAGCAGCAGAAACAUGAUAGUGAGGAAGAGGAUGAAACACCGGUAAGAGAAAGAAACAAGCAGGCUGUGAAUAAGAGCUUGAUAAAGCAACAAGAUGGGAAAUCUAGAGAGGAGGAAGAUGGUGCAGAUCUCAUACAAGAAAGAGAAGAAAAUGAUAAAGAAAGGAGGACGACUGAUGAAAGAGAGAAGCAUCAGGAUGAGAUAGAAAGGCAACUCAUGGAAGAGAAGUUAGAAACAGAAAGAAGAGUAAAUAAAGAACAAGAAAGAUUGCAGGCUGAAGAUGCAGCGAGAGCAGAGAGAGAAAUCAAGGAGAAGGAAGAACAACAGAAAAUAGUGUCUGAAAGGAUUGAAAAAGAAGAGAGGGAGAGGUUAGAAAGAGAAGAAAAAGAGAGAUUAGAAAGGGAACGAAAGGAACAAGAAAAAGAAACUGCAAAGAGAGAAGAAGAAGAGAGGCUUGAGCGGGAGCAACAACUGCAAGCAAGACUCGAGAGAGAGAAAGUGGAGAAAGAAAAAGAAGCCCAAGAAAAACAGUUGAAAGAACUGGAAGAAAAGAGAGAGGAACAAGAUAAAUCCAAAACGCCUUCAAGAGGCCGAAGAACAACCAGAAGAACUAUUGCUUCACAGAGCACAGCAGAGCCAGACCAAGACUCAACUGUAUCAACCAAUGACGAUUUCCCAGCAAGGAGUACCAGAUCACGCUCAAACUCCUCCAACUCGGUCAGCUCGGAGAGGUCUGCUUCAAGUGUCCACGCCCAGGAAAGCAAGGGCAGAGGCCGAGGGAGAGGCCGAGGGACGAGGAAGACCAGUGAGACACCCCAGAAACCUGUCGCCAGAAGCAGCAAUCGAAGGACCACUGUGGCUGCAGGGGCCGUAGAGCACGAGCCUGACUCGUCCAACUCACUAACCCCUGUGGUUUCAAGCUGCAGCGUGAGCUCUCAUAACAGAGGAAGAGGAGGCAAGCAGCGAGGAAGAGCAAGGAAAACAGAACAUGACCCAGAGUCUAUCCCUUCUGUUAGUCAGAGUCAAAGUGAUCAGAAUUUAAGCCCUGUCAGGGGAAGAAAGGGCAAGAAAGCUGAGGAGUCCUCCAAUGAGGCUCUCCUUAAAAAUGGUAAAGAGGACUCUCAGCCGGCAACAACCACUAGAGGGCGACAACAAGCCAGUGCAGCUACAGAUGAGGAAGACCAGUUGAAGCAAGAGGAAGCAUGCACCAGUGAGGAAUCACUACCUAAAAGGAAUGUCAGGGGCAGAGGUCAGAGAGCAGUAAAGAGUGAAACUGUGGAGAAACCAGCUGCUCCUGUGGUCAGUGAUGAUGAUGAUGAUGAUGAGGCUAAAGAUAAAAGAAAAGCAACAAGAGACUUGGAGGCAAAUACUGGAGCAGAUCUCAGCUGCAGCAAAAGGAAAGAAAGAUCUUCAAAAACGGCAGAAACAGACGAGGAAGAAGGAAAAGGCAAAACAAACGAUGAGAUUCCUGUUAGUUUACAAGGGAAGAAAAGAGGUAGAGCAUCCACCGCUCAGGCAAAGAAGGGCGCAAAAGAGUCUCUCUCAGAGGUGGAGAGAGAAAAGAUGGAGGGUGAGACUGUGGAGAAAAAAGUCAGAGGUCGACAAUCAGCGGUCUCGAGAAAGAAGAAAGAGGAGCUGGAAGAAAGUGGAACAUCUUUAAGCGCCACAAAUCAAGAUGCAAAUUUGGAGGCAUCAGAGCCCCAGACUCCAACCAGCAAUGGAUCCCGGAAGCGGCAAGCUCCUGCAAAUUUCUCUCCCGUGGCAAAGAGUCCUCGCUCCUCCUCUGCAUCCCUAGCAGCAAGUGGUCGACUACAAACUGCAGGCCAGGCAUACAAGGUUCUGUUCACGGGGGUGAUGGAUGAAGCAGGGGAGAAAGUGUUGGCGCGCUUAGGCGGCAGCAUGGCUAAAGGUGUGGGAGACAUGAACUGCCUUGUGACUGACAAAGUGCGCAGGACUGUCAAAUUCCUUUGUGCUCUGGCCAAAGGCAUUCCAAUCGUCACUACAGACUGGCUGGAAAAGAGUGGCAAAGCUGGGAGCUUCCUGUCUCCCUCCUCUUUUAUUGUUAAGGAUCCUGAGCAAGAGAAGAAGUUUACUUUCUCCUUGCACGAGUCUCUAAGGAUUGCCAGCAGCCAGCCUCUCUUAAAGGGAUACGAGGUCCAUGUUACUAGAUCGGUUAAGCCAGAGCCAGUUCACAUGAAGGACAUCAUUUCCUCCAGUGGAGCUACCUUUCUACCAAAGAUGCCCUCUUCUAAUAAGCCUCACACUGUAGUGGUUUCCUGCGAGGAGGACUGGCCUCAGUGUCGCCCGGCUCUGUCUGCAUCUCUCCCUGUCGUCACCGCUGAGUUCAUCCUCACAGGGAUCCUGCAGCAGAAACUCGAUUUUCAGUCCCACACACUCUCGCCUUCCACAGCAAAUGUACAACCCGCAGGUGGCAGAGGAAGGGGCAGGAAGAAGACUUAGUACUCCCGGAGCAAAAAUACAGUGACUGUCUGUGUAUGAAAUCUUUAGCUGUGAGGUUUGUCCGUCAUUUCUGGAUACACUUUAAAACUGUAGACCAGUAAAACACCUGUUAGCUAUUGGACUGUGAAAGACUGUAUUGAAUGUAUUGUCUGAUGUAAAUGUGUCAUUUACAGAUGUCAGUGCUGGAAGAAUGUGAAUUAUUUGACUGUCCAUCAUCAAAUAUUUAAAGCUAAUUUUACAACUUUCGAAGAGAAUGAACUGAGAAACAAACAGAAAAGGGAGUUAACUUAAGACAUUUCUGGAAGAAUGGUGAAAACUUUCUUUCUAACCUUGUUUGUGCAGUCUUUUUCUUUUGCCUUGUACACACGAACAUAUUGAAACUGUUAAAGCUACCUCCCCUCUACUUCAAAUUCUUCUUUUUUAUGUAGAAACAAGCAGAGCAGGAAAUUAACACUGCUAAACUGCUGGUACCCUCCAUGUGUGCUAACUGCUUCAGCUCAAUCAGCCUGUUUGGCAGGUAACCAACCUUGAAGAGGGAGUUUGUGUAAAUCAUGGUGGAUGGGAGAAUAGAUGUGGAGAUGGUGUCUGUUAUGGAAUCCAACAGCCUUGUAGUCAGAGGAAAAAAGCUCAUUUCCGGCCUACAUAAGAAGUUCAUGGUGCCUUUUUAAAUGGAGAUAAUGACGAAGCUACCCACGUGUCUUUCUGGGGUUUUUUCUGUCUCCAUUAACCACCACCAUCUACUCCAUUAAGGCCUUAUCCCAUCCUGUUCCUCCAGAGAGAACAAGACAGACUGCGGAUGUACCUUCUGCAUCAACGCCUUUAUGGUGUUUGUUCUCGCCAUCGAUGUCUGUUUGCUUUAUAUGUGGAUGUGUAUUUUUUGUGUAAUGCACAAAGCUUGAUUACUGACUCACCGUCACUGCUGUGUCACUGGUGUUUUAAAGAUGGUAGCUUGUCAUUUUUAGAACUGUUAGCCUGCUAAUGCCUUAACUUGAAGUCUGUCUUCGUAUCAAAUAAUAAAAUGUCUCCAUUAUGAAUGAAAAA